UUGUUGUUUUGCAACAAAGUAGUAGUAAGACGUUACAAAGCCAGCUUUUGCUUUUAUAAAUAGCAGACUCCCAAGCAGCACACUGUGUCUUGCAGGUGGCACAUUGCUUCCUCGUUGGUUGGCUUGUUUUCCCUUUUCCUUUUCACACACUCCAACAUGGCUCUCUCCCUUUCCCUCACUACCAUUCUCCUUUCCCUUUUCUCUUUUUUCCUUCUCCACACCCAUGCCAACCCAUUCCGUUCCAUUCACCACCACAACCACCCUCACUUCGCCACCCACAACUACAGAGACGCUCUCACCAAGUCCAUUCUCUUUUUCCAAGGCCAGAGAUCAGGGAAACUCCCUUCUAACCAGAGAAUCUCUUGGAGAAGAGACUCUGGUCUCUCUGAUGGCUCAGCAUUGCAUGUUGAUUUGGUUGGAGGGUACUAUGAUGCUGGUGACAAUGUUAAGUUUGGUUUUCCUAUGGCUUUUACUACCACCAUGCUUUCAUGGAGUGUUAUUGAGUUUGGUGGGUUGAUGAAAAGCGAGUUGCCGAAUGCUAAAGAAGCUGUUCGUUGGGCUACUGAUUAUCUUCUUAAAGCCACUGCACAUCCAAACAUCAUUUAUGUUCAGGUUGGAGAUGCUAAAAAGGACCAUGCUUGUUGGGAGAGACCAGAGGACAUGGACACUCCAAGAAGUGUUUUUAAGGUUGAUGCUAACGCACCUGGCUCUGAAGUUGCUGCGGAAACUGCUGCAGCAUUGGCAGCGGCUUCUCUUGUUUUCAGAAGAAGUGAUCCAACAUAUGCCAAGAUUUUAGUAAGAAGGGCUAUCAGGGUUUUUCAGUUUGCUGAUAAACAUAGAGGAUCUUACAGCAAUGCCUUGAAACCCUUUGUGUGUCCAUUCUAUUGUUCUUACUCAGGUUAUCAGGAUGAGUUGUUGUGGGGUGCUGCUUGGCUCCACAAGGCCACAAAGAAUCCAAUGUAUCUAAAAUACAUUCAAACAAAUGGUCAAAUCCUAGGAGCUGCAGAGUUUGACAACACAUUUGGUUGGGAUAACAAACAUGUUGGAGCAAGGAUACUUCUUUCAAAGGAAUUUCUAGUUCAAAAUGUAAAAUCCCUCCAUGACUACAAGGGCCAUUCAGACAAUUUUGUUUGUUCUUUGAUUCCUGGAGCUGGUUCCUCAUCUGCACAAUAUACCCCAGGUGGACUUUUGUUCAAGAUGAGUGAUAGUAACAUGCAGUAUGUCACAUCCACUACCUUCUUACUGGUCACAUAUGCCAAAUACUUAACCAAAUCACAUUCAGUUGUAAAUUGUGGUGGUACCACUGUAACACCAAAGAGACUCAGAACCUUAGCCAAGAGACAGGUGGAUUAUUUGUUAGGAGAUAACCCAUUGAAGAUGUCAUACAUGGUGGGGUAUGGACCAAGGUAUCCACAAAGGAUACACCACAGAGGAUCAUCACUUCCUUCAAUGGCUGUACACCCGGGAAAGAUCCAGUGUUCCGCAGGGUUUGGUGUAAUGAAUUCAAAAUCACCAAAUCCUAACAUUCUAGUGGGUGCUGUUGUUGGUGGACCAGAUCAGCAUGAUAGGUUUCCAGAUCAACGGUCAGAUUAUGAACAAUCAGAGCCAGCUACUUAUGUUAAUGCGCCACUUGUCGGAACACUGGCUUAUCUUGCACACUCAUUUGGUCAACUUUAACUUGUUUGGGAUAAUCUGAUUAUGAUGAUGUUUUAGUUUUAAAUGUUCACUAAUUUGGUUAGUAGUUAAAAUUAGUUAGAUUUCUUAGGAGAAGCUUUUAACAACUUGUUGCAAUGAGUAAAUUUCAUUGUGACAAUGCUUCCAUAUGUUAUGUUAAUGUUAAGUGGUGUGGCAUAUAUGUUAAGUGAUGAUGUUAAAAAAUUAUCAAGAAUUUCAAUGUUUAAAGCAAAUCUCAACUGUAAAAGUGGUUA